GCAGCUACACACUUAAGUGGGACUUAAAAAUAUAUAAAGUCAAGCUGUAGUCAAGUUAUUUGUUCAUGCAAUCUUGCCUAGUUACUUUGAAUUAUGACAGAGUUGGCUGUAAGGACUCGAUGGAUGUUUGCUGUUGUGAAACUUUCUCUGCUUUAUGCAGCUUUGCUCCAGGACCACUUCUGUGAAGCUUCAUGCAACAAUGCAGGAACCAGGAUGAAAAACAUACUGUUUAUUUCUCCUCAAACUAUUACGCACAUUACUACUUUUCCAACAGAUGCUGUCUAUAUAAAGGAGAAUGGAACUAAGCUGUGUUUCAACCUCCAGGAAAAUAAUACAGGUUGUUGUUCAAGUGGAGCUUUCGACUGCAGUCCCAAAAUAAAUUUGACUGGUGAUUGUUACAGACUAACGCUGAGUGAAGCAGCAUUAUGCAACCAAGAUGUUGUUGUGUUACAGAACCCAACAUAUAAUUUUUCAUGUAUGCCAUCAACGUUCUACAACUCACAAGGUUUGAUGCUGAACAUUCACAACUGCUUAAAAAUGGGUGGACCGACCAUUAGGCUUGGCCUGGAUCAGGUGUUUGGAAAUCCAACUUUUGAGAAACCGUUAUGUGAAGGUACAUGGCCAAGAUUGAGGAUCAAUUCUUCUUGUCGAAACAACAAUGAAAGUACUACUGCAUCCAGGAGCACCCAAAGCAGUUUGGUUUCUCGAACAACUAAUGUGACGUUACCACCUACAAACAAUAGCACUUCAUCAGGGAUUGCACAACCAGAAAGUGCUAACACAACCUCAAAUUUCAGCACCUCAAGCAGUUCAGUUUCUCAAACAAGCGAUAUGAUGACGCAACCUACAAAUGGAAGCACUUCAUCAGGUGCAACAGACCAAGAUCCUUUGCUUGCAACCCCAAAUAUCAGCCCUUCAAACACUUCUACUCCUCAAACAAGUGUUUUGACGUUGCCACCUGAAAGCAAUUUAACAAGUGCAACAGACCAAGAUGGUCUUAAAGGCCAAAAUAUCACCACCUCCAGCAAAACUGUUUCUCCAACAAGUAAUAAGACGUCACAACCUACAAAUGACACCACUUCAUCGGGGAGUGCAAGUCAACAUACUUUGUUUACAACUUCAAACUCAAACAGUUCUAAUUCUCUAGAAAGUUAUUUGACAUCACUGCCUUCAAAUGAAAGCACUUCAUCAGGAACAACAAAAGCAGAUAAUUUGUUUACAACCUCCAAUUUGAGUGACUCAAGAAGUUCUGUGUCACAAAAAUAUUUGACAUCAUCACCUACAAACAACAGCAUUUCAUUGGGCACUACACAGUCAGAAAGUCAAGAAACGAGACCCAAUAUCAGCAACGCCAACAGUUCUUUUGCUCAAACAAACCACUUGACGUCACAACCUACAAAUGACAGCACUUCAUCAGAUGCAACAGACAGAAAUGAUUUGUCUACAAGCCCAACUUUCAACAACUCCAGUAGUUCUGUUUCUCAAACAAGUUACUCGACGUUGCCACCUGAAAGCACUUCAACAAGUGCAACAGACCAAGAUGGUUUAACAGGCCAAAAUAUCACCACCUCCAGCAAAUCUGUUUCUCCAACAAGUAAUAAGGCUUCCAGUCGUACAAAUGACACCACUUCACUGGGGAGUGCAAGUCAACAUACUUUUACAACUUCAAACUCAAACAGUUCUAAUUCUAAUGAAAGUUAUUUGACAUCACUGCCUUCAAAUGAAAGCACUUCAUCAGGAACAACAAAAACAGAUCAUUUGUUUACAACCUCCAAUUUGAGUGACUCAAGAAAUUCUGUGUCUCAAAAAUAUUUGACGUCACAACUUACAAAUGAAAGCACUUCAUCAGAUGCAACAGACCAAGAAACUUUGUUUACAACCCCAACAUUCAACACCUCCAGCAGUUCUGAUGCUCAAACAAGAAAUGAGGCUACAAAAAUGUCAGAAAACAUGACUUCACCAGAGACUUCAGACAACAAUGGUUUGUCUGCAAGCCCGACUUUCAGUAACUCUAGCAGUUCUGGUCUUCAAACAGGUUAUGUGGAUUCAGAAAGUACAAACACCAUCAAUUCAUCAGGGAGUAUAGAUAGAAAUGAUUUGUCUACAAGCCAAACUUUCAACAACUCCAGCAGUUCUGUUUCUCAAACAAGCUAUUUGACGUUGCCACCUGAAAGCACUUCAACAAGUGCAACAGACCAAGAUGGUUUUACAGGCCAAAAUAUCACCACCUCCAGCAAAUCUGUUUCUCCAACAAGUAAUAAGGCUUCCAAUCGUACAAAUGACACCACUUCACUGGGGAGUGCAAGUCAACAUACUUUGUUUACAACUUCAAACUCAAACAGUUCUAAUUCUAAUGAAAGUUAUUUGACAUCACUGCCUUCAAAUGAAAGCACUUCAUCAGGAACAACAAAAACAGAUCAUUUGUUUACAACCUCCAAUUUGAGUGACUCAAGAAGUUCUGCGUCACAAAAAUAUUUGACAUCAUCACCUACAAACAACAGCAUUUCAUUGGGCACUACACAGUCAGAAAGUCAAGAAACGAGACCCAAUAUCAGCAACGUCAGCAGUUCUUUUGCUCAAACAAACCACUUGACGUCAAAACCUACAAAUGAAAGUAUUUCAUCAGAUGCAACAGCCAAAGAAACUUUGAUUACAAGCCCAAAUUUCAACAACUCCAGAAGUUCUGAUGCUCAAACAAGUUAUUUGACGUUACCACCUGAAAGCACUUCAACAAGUGCAACAGACCAAGAUGGUUUUACAGCCCAAAAUAUCACCACCUCCAACAAAUCUGUUUCUCCAACAAGUACUAAGACGACACAACCUACAAAUGAAAGCACUUCAACAAGUGCAACCGACCAAGAAACUUUGUUUACAACCCCAACAUUCAACACCUCCAGCAGUUCUGAUGCUCAAACAAGAAAUGAGGCUACAAAAAUGUCAGAAAACAUGACUUCACCAGAGACUUCAGACAACAAUGGUUUGUCUACAAGACCGACUUUCAGUAACUCUAGCAGUUCUGGUCUUCAAACAGGUUAUGUGGAUUCAGAAAGUACAAACACCAUCAAUUCAUCAGGGAGUAUAGAUAGAAAUGAUUUGUCUACAAGCCAAACUUUCAACAACUCCAGCAGUUCUGUUUCUCAAACAAGUUACUCGACGUUGCCACCUGAAAGCACUUCAACAAGUGCAACAGACCAAGAUGGUUUUACAGGCCAAAAUAUCACCACCUCCAGCAAAUCUGUUUCUCCAACAACUAAUAAGGCAUCCAAUCGUACAAAUGACACCACUUCACUGGGGAGUGCAAGUCAACAUACUUUGUUUACAACUUCAAACUCAAACAGUUCUAAUUCUAAUGAAAGUUAUUUGACGUUACUGUCUUCAAAUGAAAGCACUUCAUCAGGAACAACAAAAGCAGAUAAUUUGUUUACAACCUCCGAUUUUAGUGACUCAAGAAGUUCUGUGUCACAAAAAUAUUUGCCGUCACAACUUACAAAUGAAAGCACUUCAACAAGUGCAACCGACCAAGAAACUUUGUUUACAACCCCAACAUUCAACACCUCCAGCAGUUCUGAUUCUCAAACAAGAAAUGAGGCUACAAAAAUGUCAGAAAACAUGACUUCACCAGAGACUUCAGACAACAAUGGUUUGUCUACAAGCCCGACUUUCAGUAACUCUAGCAGUUCUGGUCUUCAAACAGGUUAUGUGGAUUCAGAAAGUACAAACACCAUCAAUUCAUCAGGGAGUAUAGAAAGAAAUGAUUUUUCUACAAGCCAAACUUUCAACAACUCCAGUAGUUCUGUUUCUCAAACAAGUUACUCGACGUUGCCACCUGAAAGCACUUCAACAAGUGCAACAGACCAAGAUGGUUUUACAGGCCAAAAUAUCACCACCUCCAGCAAAUCUGUUUCUCCAACAAGUAAUAAGGCUUCCAGUCGUACAAAUGACACCACUUCACUGGGGAGUGCAAGUCAACAUACUUUGUUUACAAUUUCAAACUCAAACAGUUCUUCUUCUCAUGAAAGUUAUUUGACAUCACUGCCUUCAAAUGAAAGCACUUCAUCAGGAACAACAAAAACAGAUCAUUUGUUUACAACCUCCAAUUUGAGUGACUCAAGAAGUUCUGUGUCACAAAAAUAUUUGACAUCAUCACCUACAAACAACAGCAUUUCAUUGGGCACUGCACAGUCAGAAAGUCAAGAAAUGAGACCCAAUAUCAGCAACGUCAGCAGUUCUUUUGCUCAAACAAACCACUUGACGUCAAAACCUACAAAUGAAAGUAUUUCAUCAGAUGCAACAGCCAAAGAAACUUUGAUUACAAGCCCAAAUUUCAACAACUCCAGCAGUUCUGAUGCUCAAACAAGUUAUUUGACGUUGCCACCUGAAAGCACUUCAACAAGUGCAACAGACCAAGAUGGUUUUACAGCCCAAAAUAUCACCACCUCCAACAAAUCUGUUUCUCCAACAAGUAAUAAGACGACACAACCUACAAAUGAAAGCACUUCAACAAGUGCAACCGACCAAGAAACUUUGUUUACAACCCCAACAUUCAACACCUCCAGCAGUUCUGAUGCUCAAACAAGAAAUGAGGCUACAAAAAUGUCAGAAAACAUGACUUCACCAGAGACUUCAGACAACAAUGGUUUGUCUGCAAGCCCGACUUUCAGUAACUCUAGCAGUUCUGGUCUUCAAACAGGUUAUGUGGAUUCAGAAAGUACAAACACCAUCAAUUCAUCAGGGAGUAUAGAUAGAAAUGAUUUUUCUACAAGCCAAACUUUCAACAACUCCAGCAGUUCUGUUUCUCAAACAAGUUACUCGACGUUGCCACCUGAAAGCACUUCAACAAGUGCAACAGACCAAGAUGGUUUUACAGGCCAAAAUAUCACCACCUCCAGCAAAUCUGUUUCUCCAACAAGUAAUAAGGCAUCCAAUCGUACAAAUGACACCACUUCACUGGGGAGUGCAAGUCAACAUACUUUGUUUACAACUUCAAACUCAAACAGUUCUAAUUCUAAUGAAAGUUAUUUGACGUUACUGUCUUCAAAUGAAAGCACUUCAUCAGGAACAACAAAAACAGAUAAUUUGUUUACAACCUCCAAUUUGAGUGACUCAAGAAGUUCUGUGUCACAAAAAUAUUUGACGUCACAACCUACAAAUGAAAGCACUUCAACAAGUGCAACCGACCAAGAAACUUUGUUUACAACCCCAACAUUCAACAACUCCAGCAUUUCUGAUGCUCAAACAAGAAAUGAGGCUUUAAAAAUGUCAGAAAACAUGACUUCACCAGAGACUUCAGACAACAAUGGUUUGUCUACAAGCCCGACUUUCAGUAACUCUAGCAGUUCUGGUCUUCAAACAGGUUAUGUGACAUCAUCACCUACAAACAACAGCAUUUCAUUGGGCACUGCACAGUCAGAAAGUCAAGAAACGAGACCCAAUAUCAGCAACGUCAGCAGUUCUUUUGCUCAAACAAACCACUUGACGUCACAACCUACAAAUGAAAGCACUUCAUCAGAUGCAACAGACAAAGAAACUUUGACUACAAGCCCAAAUUUCAACAACUCCAGUAGUUCUGUUUCUCAAACAAGUCAUUUGACGUUGCCACCUGAAAGCACUUCAACAAGUGCAACAGACCAAGAUGGUUUUACAGGCCAAAAUAUCGCCACCUCCAGCAAAUCUGUUUCUCCAACAAGUAAUAAGGCUUCCAGUCGUACAAAUGACACCACUUCAUCGGGGAGUGCAAGUCAACAUACUUUGUUUACAACUUCAAACUCAAACAGUUCUUCUUCUCAUGAAAGUUAUUUGACGUUACUGCCUUCAAAUGAAAGCACUUCAUCAGGAACAACAAAAGCAGAUAAUUUGUUUACAACCUCCAAUUUGAGUGACUCAAGAAGUUCUGCGUCACAAAAGUAUUUGACAUCAUCACCUACAAACAACAGCAUUUCAUUGGGCACUACACAGUCAGAAAGUCAAGAAAUGAGACCCAAUAUCAGCAACGUCAGCAGUUCUUUUGCUCAAACAAACCACUUGGUCCCUCAACAUGCAACAUCGGGGACAACAACAUCAAGCCCAACUUCUACUUUGGCCCCUCAACCUGCAACAUCGGGGACAACAACAUCAAGCCCAACUUCUACUUUAGCCCCUCAACCUGCAACAUCGGGGACAACAACAUCAAGCCCAACUUCUACUUUAGCCCCUCAACCUGCAACAUCGGGGACAACAACAUCAAGCCCAACUUCUACUUUGGCCCCUCAACCUGCAACAUCGGGGACAACAACAUCAAGCCCAACUUCUACUUUAGCCCCUCAACCUGCAACAUCGGGGACAACAACAUCAAGCCCAACUUCUACUUUGGCCCCUCAACCUGCAACAUCGGGGACAACAACAUCAAGCUCAACUUCUACUUUAGCCCCUCAACCUGCAACAUCGGGGACAACAACAUCAAGCCCAACUUCCACUUUAGCCCCUCAACCUGCAACAUCGGGGACAACAACAUCAAGCCCAACUUCCACUUUAGCCCCUCAACCUGCAACAUCGGGGACAACAACAUCAAGCCCAACUUCUACUUUAGCCCCUCAACCUGCAACAUCGGGGACAACAACAUCAAGCCCAACUUCCACUUUAGCCCCUCAACCUGCAACAUCGGGGACAACAACAUCAAGCCCAACUUCUACUUUAGCCCCUCAACCUGCAACAUUGGGGACAACAACAUCAAGCCCAACUUCUACUUUGGCCCCUCAACCUGCAACAUCGGGGACAACAACAUCAAGCCCAACUUCUACUUUAGCCCCUCAACCUGCAACAUCGGGGACAACAACAUCAAGCCCAACUUCUACUGCAUCAACCACUACCACUUCUUCAACAACUCUGUCCAGCAUGUUGUUAGAUAAUAACCCAAACUUUAGUUCUAAGGAACAGAAUCAAACUGGGAACGCUGAGAAUGCAGCAAAUACCAUGAGUAAAAUUAAAAUUAUUGAAGAAUUAAUGGGCAAUAGGAGCACAGCCAGCAUCACAAUUGGUAAAAUUCAAGGAGUGUUUGCUAAACUGACACCACAAAAUCAGGAAAACAAGAACUUUUUCUUCACAUCAAGUGGAGAUAUGAAGAUUUCAUCAGAAAGCAACAAUUUGGCGACAGACUUAGUUCUAUCAGUUCAUCUUCCUAAAGAAGCCAGUGAAAUGGCCUUAAAGAAAAAUGGCUCCUAUAUUGGAAUCUUGCUUUUUCCAGAAAUUCCUAAGAUCAACGCAACAAGUAAUUUUUUUAAGAAUCAAAUCCUGGGGAUUGAGAUGGGAGUGAACAUAUCUAACCUUUCAGAGACCAUCAAUAUUCAGUUCAAUAACGUGAAUACGACUGGACAGAGUGUUUCUUGCAUAUCAUGGGAUGGGAGAAGUAACCAGCCAGGUGGCGCACACAGCUGGAUCACAGAUGGCUGCGAAACAAUAGAAGUCAACAGCAGCAUCACAUGCCAAUGCUCUCACCUUACCUUCUUUGCUCUUCUUAUGUCAUCAGGGAAUGCAAAUAUUAGUUCUUCUGACUUGAAAACCCUGACCCAAAUCACAAAAGCUGGCUGUGGCAUAUCCUUGUUCUUCCUGGGUGUGGCUCUCUAUAUGCAUUUUCUCUUAAGGAAAAAUAAAGCCAGUGAAGCUGUAAAGAUCCUCAUGAAUCUCUUUAUCGCCCUGUUCCUCCUGAACCUUUGCUUCUUGGUAAAUGAGUCGAUUGCUAAACUGAAGGUCUCAGCAGCUUGUGUGGCGAUGGCAGCGGCUCUGCAUUACAGCAUGCUGGCCACAUUCACAUGGUUCUUCAUGCAGGCCUUGCACCUGUACUUCAAUCUACAACAGAUCUCCACAGACAUCAAAUAUUACAUGCACAAGAUUUGCAUCGCGGGAUGGGUCAUUCCCGCUCUGCUUGUGAUUGGACUUCUUGCCUCUAGUAACUAUGGUAACGUGGACAUUUCUGAUAAUAAUGGGACUUCGGUAAACAUGUGUUGGAUCCCUGACUCUACAUUACACUUAGGAGUGAACAUUGGUUACUAUGGAAUUGUGUUCAUCUUCACUCUAAUCGUAUUCCUUGUAGCUGUAGUGCAGAUCACUAAAUUUUCAUCUAAAGCAGACAACAAGGACAAAAUCUCUACCAAGAAAAGAUUUUUCUCUCUUCUGGGUCUUUUCUGUCUUUUGGGCAUCAGCUGGGGAUUUGCUUUUUUCAGCUAUGGCCCUCUGCUCCUUCCCUCCUACUACAUCUUUACCAUCCUCAACUCCUUUCAAGGAUUCUUCUUGUUCGUUUACUACUACUUCUCCAGCAGAAUUCGUCCAGAGGACAAAAAACUAUCCGAGAACAGCAGCCGCGCCACAGAGAAUGUGUACAUCACAACUCCUUAUGCAUAAGCUCCUAAUUCUUCAAUGUUUUGUUUCUCUCACCAACGUGGACAUGAAAAUAUGUUAUGGCAAAACUGAAAUCUAAUACCAAAAGUGCUCCUAUUUGAGUUCCAAUCUGGUUGAAUAUAUUAGUUUUAUUUUCUGCUGAUCCCAAUAUUUUUCAAUCCAUAGAACUUUUUGUAAACAUAAAGGAUAUUUUAAUUCUCUGUGAACAUAAAUAUACCACAAGGACAUUAUCACUUAAUAUGCUAUAUUUUGUACACUGAUCUUCAGUUAUGCUAAUACCAGCACCAUGGUUUCUUGACUUCAAAAUCAAUUUUUAUUUUUCAAAGCCAUAUGUUGGAAGUGAGCACAUACAAACCCACACAAAUUCAGCUGCAGGACUCCUUUCAAUCUCUCAAUGACCACAGAGGUUGUGAUCCUUAAAAUUGUGUAGCUUUUAAUAUUCUCCUUUUGUCUCUGCAGACUAUUGAAAGCAGAAGUUUAUUUAUUUUCUGCUACAGCUAAAAUAUCAAACUUAGACAAGUUUAAAAUGAGAUGAUUGAAUUAGAAGUCUGAAAAAAUGGCAACAAAUCACAAUGCUUUCCACUUUCCCUCCUCAUCACUCUGAUGCUGGGGAUACAUUUUUUACCUUUUACCUGUGGCGGAAACAAAGUGGGGCAAAUAACUGCUCUGGAAAACUAUCCUGGCUCCAGGAAAAUGUCUUAGUGCACCUUCAAACACCUUUUUGGUUUUAUGAGAUUUGUGAGAUUGUUUGGACACUAGAGGGUAGCAUUUUACUGUUGAGACAACUUUCCCUGCUUUGCAAGCAACAUAAAAAGUAUUCUGUCCUCAGCUGCUGCUGACCUGGUUUAUCUUCCAUAAGAUGAAGAGAUGGAGAACUCCUCUGCAAGUUAUUAGUCUGAAUGACUCCAUGUUUCAAUUAAAGUCUUGCCUUAAUUUC